GAGAGCUGACAACCUUAAAUCCUCAGAUUAUUUACAAGGUCUGUGAUUCAUCUAUCAUUUUGCCUUAUUUGAACUCUUAUGGAUUCUCUGAGUUUACUCAGCCCUUACCUGUUCAGUUACAAAGGGAGAAACUUUACGGUGCAGGAGGGGUUGAAGCCAAAAGACCUUGAUGCUCUGCAGCAUGUGGAUGUCCGGCCUAGUGAUAUCUAUAUGGUCACUUACCCAAAAUCAGGCACAAUAUGGAUGCAGCAGAUUCUUGUCAAGAUCACGGAUGCUGUAUAUCCUCAUCAGGAAGAAGAUGCCACUAAUAGGUUGCGCUUUCCCUGGCUGGAGGGACGUGUCGUGGACAGCUUUCAGGGAGAAAGGCCAGAUCCCCGUCUUUGCCGCACACACCUUCCCCCUGAUAUGCUGCCCAUUGGAGUGAAGGCAAAAAGAGUCAAGGUUGUGUAUGUGAUGAGGAACCCCAAAGAUGUCCUGGUGUCCCUCUAUCACUUUUCUCACAGUUGGAAGAUGUUGGAAACACCAAAGAGCUUUGAGGCUUUCUUUCAGGACUUCAUGGAUGGCAAAGCUUUUAUGGGAUCCUGGUUUGAUCAUGUGAGAGAAUAUCAGAAUGAAAAAGACAAGAUGGACGUACAUUAUGUCAAGUAUGAAGACAUGUUGAAGGACCUCAGAGGGGAAGUUGUGAAGCUUUGUGAUUUUCUGGGAAAAGAUUUGACUGAUGAAGCCAUCGAUCAUGUUGUGGAGAUGUCCACGUUCCAAAACAUGAAGACAAACCCCAAAGCAAACUACAAGGACUUGGUUGAAAAAGAACGCUACAGCAGCCCAACCAUGCGCAAAGGUGCGGCAGGCGACUGGAAGAACUUCUUCACAGUGGCUCAGAAUGAGUAUUUUGACCGAGUGUUCGAAGAGAAGAUGAGCGACCUUCCUCUGAGCUUCACCUGGGAGAUCAAACAGUAGCUCCAUUAUCAUUCAGGGUUGAUGAUAGUCAGGGAAAUGCAAUUUUCAGAUGGCGUUUAAAGAAGCAAUCUGGUGUUAUUCUAUAUCCCUCUUGCUGCCAACAAUAUGUUUAUGUGUCCCUGUCUGCUCUGACUUUGGCACCAAGUCUGUUGUGUUCUGGAGCAAAUGUAAAACGUUAUGAAUGGAUCACAAAUCACAAAGAGUCUACAGCCAUUGUAUGUAAGAUUGAUGUUUAAUAGGUAUCAUUUUUACCAUCUUCACCAUAUUAGUUCAGCUAAUUACAUUGUCAAAACCCACAAUGUAUCCAUCCAAUCCAUGUUGAGAAAACUACACAUUUCAACUACAUGGUGCUGCCGUAGGAAAAACAAGGAGUGCUCCAAAAUAAUUGUUUUUCUUUGGA